AAAGAUGGCGGAUGCUGGCGGGCACCGUUAGCGAUUCUAAAUAAGCUUGGAGAUUUGGACUCAUAGAAGGGUCUCCCGAAUAUUCCUAGUCUCUUGGCUAGGGUGCCCCUUUUCUUUUGCCUUUCGAAAUGACAGCGGCCUUGGUCUCCGUGACAACGGAGGUUAUCGGUAACGAAUCAGUUUCUAAGGAAAACUGUCAAAAGGAUUUGUUCUAGCCAAGGAUAGGCGCUUCAAGACCCUCCAACUGCCCAAGAAGAGCAACUUUUGUCCGCCAAAGUUCUUGGCCCUAGCUAUCCACAAACCGGGGGCCGACGGUGCCGCACCUCCCGGAUCCGCAGGACGGCGCGUGCGCAAACCGCUCUCAAAAGGCUGACGGAGGCCGAGAAGAAAAAAGGCGGGAGCUGUCAAUCCCGGGUGGAGCAAAAUGGCGCGGGAGAACGAGAUGCGGGAGUUCACGCACAGUUUCUUCCGAGGCCGCCCUGACCUCAGCACGCUCACGCACUCCAUCGUGCGGCGGAAGUUCUUGGCUCACGCGGGUCGCAACCAUCUGGAACCCGAGGAGAAGCAGGCACUGAAGCGGCUGGUGGAGGAGGAGCUGCUGAAGAUGCAGGUGGAUGAAGCUGGUACCAGGCGAAAGAAGCUAGACCUCACCAAGAAGACGAAGAGGCCUCCCACUCCCUGCAGUGACCAAGAGAGAAAAAGGUUCCGCCUCAAUUCAGAGUCAGGGUCUAGGUCCUCAGUCUCCAGUCCAGACUGCUUUGGAUGCCCAGCAGAUAACAGGAUGGCAGAGGCAGAAACCAGCCGAGUCAAGGAGGAGCGUCCAAGGCAGGCUUCCAAGAAAGUAGUUGAGAGUAGUGAUGAAGAGCAGCAAAGUGACCAGCCAGCAAAGCAGCCUGCAAAAAUGGGAUUAGAGGAGAGCAGUGAGGAGGAACAGGAGGAGGCGGGGGAGGGCUCUGGCAGAGUAAAUAAGAUCUUAGAGGAAAAGGACAGUGAGGAAGAUGAGGAGGAAAAUGAAAUCAAGGGCAGGACUUUGAAGAAACGCAGGACCAAGAAUGAGCAGGCACGAGGCAAGGCUUCGGCCAGAAAGCAUCAGGCCAGGGACGAAAGUGAGGACAGUGAAGAAGUUCCUGUCCAGAGGAGAGCAAAGAAGUCUGGAGAAAAAACAGAAGCUAAAAGCCAUGAGGAAAGUGAAAAGGAGAGUGAGGAGGAGUGCCUACUCAAGAAGGAAGAGAACGAGGAGGACUGGAGGAAACCCGGAGCUAGAAGCAAAGGAAGGGAACCGUCAGCUUUGGAGGGGAGGAGGCUGAGAGACGGGGACAGUGGGGAAGAAGAGGAGAAAGAGGCAGCAGGCAGUGGUGAUAAUAGUGGGGGAGGCAAAGAGUCUCCAGGACACAGGAAGAGCAAGGUCAGGAGCCAGUGGAAAAGUAGGAAACGGCAGAAUAGAAGCAGUGAGGAUGAAGACAGCUGCGAGGCACAAGCAGCUGCAAAGUCAGCCAAACUGGGCAGUGUCAGUGGUGAAGAGAGUGACUUAGAAAGGGAGCUAAGUGACAGCGAGGCAGGGGCGAGCCCUAAGGGAGCGAGGAGGAACCGCUCUGCCAAGAAGAGCUCUCAGAAGAGCAGAGCACGAACCUCCUCUUCUUCCUCGGAUGCAAGCCCACAGCCCAAAGACAGGAAGGCUAGCUCUGGUCGCCAUGGAGAGGACCACCCAGCUGUGACCAGGCUGAAGCGCUACAUCCGCGCCUGUGGUGCCCAUCGAAACUAUAAAAAGCUGCUGGGGUCCUGUCGCUCACACAAGGAGCGCCUGAGUGUCCUGCGGGCUGAGCUGGAAGCCCUCGGCAUGAAGGGUAACCCCUCUUUAGAGAAGUGUCGUGCCCUGAAGGAGCAGCGGGAGGCGGAGGCAGAGGCAGCCUCUUUGGAUGUCGCCAACAUCAUCAGCAGUUCUGGCCGGCCACGUAGACGGACUGCCUGGAACCCUUCAGGAGAAGCGCCCCCCUUUGGGGAGCUGUACCACCGGACCCUGGACUCUGAGGACGAGCAGCCUCGUCAGGCACCCCCGGACUGGUCACACAUGCGAGGCAUCAUCAGCAGUGAUGGGGAGAGUAACUGAGUACUACCAGCUCAUGGGAGGGACCCUUUCCAUGUGCACAAAGCGCAGGUGACAUCUUGUACCCUGAACCUGCAAAGCAAAAAUAGCUUUCUUCCGGAAGACUGUAGCUGCCAGGGACAACGGACACUACUGCUCAGCUCCACGUUCUCCGUUAAAAUGUUCGUAAGGAUUUAUUUUUUGAGACUCAAUAAAGGAAUGUUUGUA